AUGCCGACGCGGCGCGCCCUCGACCUCACCCGCGCCGCCAUGCCGGCGGCGCCGCCUCCCGCCCGCGCCUUCUCCGCGGCGGCGCCGUCCGCCAAAACCACCGUGCAGCUCGCCCACCUCGCGCACCUCCCGUCCUCCCUCCCGCCGCCGUCCCACUGCACCGUCACCCCGCCCGUGCAGCCCUGGCCGCGCCGCCUCACGCCGCGGAGCUUCUCCCGCCUCCUCCUCCGCCUGCCGACCCCUCAGCUCGCCGUGCUCGCCUUCCGCCACGCGCUCUUCCGCGCCACGCCCCCCCUGCCCCCAACCAUCCCCGUCUUCGCCGCGGUGCUCUCCCGCCUCGCCGGCGCGCCCCCGGACCUGCUGCCGCCCGUCCUCUCCGCCCUCCGCGCCGCCCGCCUCCCGGCCUUCUCCGACCGCGCCUUCCUGCCCCUCCUCCGCGCGCUCCCGCCGCUCCCCUCCCUCCGCCUCUUCCUCUCCCUCCCGUCCUUCAACUCCCACCCCUCCGUGCGCUCCUUCAACGCCCUCCUCCACUCCCUAGUCGCCGCGCGCCGCCUCCGCCUCGCCGCCGCCCUCUUCCGCGCCGCGCCCACCAAGCUCUACAUCACGCCCGACCUCGUCUCCUGCAACAUCCUGCUCAAGGGGCUCGUCGGCGUCCGCGACCUCGAUGCUGCCCUCAAGGUACUCGACGAAAUGCCCGGGUGGGGGAUCGUCCCUGAUGUCGUCACCUACACGACCGUUCUUUCCGCAUACUGUGCCAAGGAGGAUCUCAAGGGCGCACAGAAGCUAUUCGAUGAUAUAAUUGCAGGUGGGCGUGUGCCAGAUGUUACGAUGUACACCGUGCUCAUCGAUGGGUACUGUCGGACUGGGAAGAUACAGGAUGCAGCUAGGAUUAUGGACGAGAUGGAGGCAGCCGGGGUGCAGCCUAAUGAGGUUACCUAUUCAGUCGUGAUUGAGGCAUGCUGUAAGGAGGGGAAAUCUGCCGAGGCAUGCAAUCUAAUGCGCGAGAUGCUUGGGGCAGGGCACACACCAGACACACCGCUGGCUGCUAAGGUGGUUGAUGUGAUGUGCCAGGAUGGAAAGGCAGAGGAAGCGCACCAAAUGUGGAGAUGGAUGGUGAAGAAGAACGUCCCACCAGAUAACACGAUCACAAACACAUUGAUCUACUGGUUAUGCAAGAGUGGAAUGGUUCGGGAGGCAAGGAAGCUGUUUGAGGAGCUCGAGAAGGGGUACAAGCCAAGCUUACUGACUUAUAACUCGCUUAUUUCCGGCUUAUGUGAAAAUGGGGAGUUACAAGAGGCUGGGAAGGUGUGGGAUGACAUGGUUGAACGGAGAUAUGAGCCAAAUGCCAUGACUUACGAGGCCUUGAUCAAGGGAUUCUGCAAAAUUGGGAAGCCAGAUGAAGGGGCUGCAGUAUUUACGGAGAUGGUGACCAAAGGGUGCGCCCCAAGCAAAGUUCUUUACCAAGUUUUGGUUGAUAGCCUUUCUGAGCCAAUACACGACGAUAUUGUUGAUAACAUUGUUCAAACUGCUGCCUUAAGUGGUCGUGAUUUCUUGGAUGGUGAUUCCUGGGAAAUCUUUAUCAGGAGAGUGCUAAAUACUACAAGUGAUACUUGGAAUAAGCAUCUCAGUUUAGUUCUAAAUACAUAACCAUGAGGUGUGGUGUGCAGACUACGGUUGAAAGCCCAAAACCGAUCAUUUUAUUCUGAAUAAUUUCUCAAGGAAGUUGAUACCUUGAUAGAACAUGUCUUCUACUGUAACAACUCUGAAAACGUCUUCCACUGUAACUAACACGGUGAGUAGCACAUUGAUCUAUUGGUUGUGCAAGAAUAGAAUGGUUGUGAAGGUGACGAGGCUGUUUGGUGUGUUCAUGGAGGCGUCCAUGCCAAGCUUGUUGAUUUGUAGCUCACUUAGUUUCAGAUAGUGUGAAAAUAGGGAGUUACAAGAGGCUUGGGUCAUGUGAAAACUGUUCAGAUAACCAUUGCAACAACAAGAUUGGAGAGUAUUUGAGGCACUGGAGCUGCUAAUUGUUAGCAACAAAACUUUCUGGAUGAAUAGUGUAGAGUUAAAUGGUGUUCUUGGUUGCUCAGCUGAAACCCCAUUGUUACUCUGUAUUCAGUUCUCAUUUACCUUGUCAUUGCCUCUGCAACUCAGAUCUUCCUGGGACAUUGUAUUUCUGCAGUGUAGAAGAGAUGUGGACACGUGGUCCAUGGUUGCCCUACAUAUUGAAGUACUUUGUGAGAGAGCUUCGAUGCUCCAAGUCAAUUUGUAACUCAGUAUGUGCUCGUCCCCAUGGUCAAUGGUGGAGACUGCUGGGCUGUGGUAAGGGAAGGGAAAGACAACGGAGAGGAAGAUGGAGAUGAUUAUGAUGACCAUUUAGAGUUAUCUCUGACGGUAUUGUUGUUGAUGAUGAUAGGAGCAUAUUCCUCUUAGUUUUGUGAAAUAUAUGUGAUAAAAAGGACCCUGGUAAUCAGAAGCACGUAUAUGAUUCUGCUCCCUGUCA